UCUGCUUGGAGGCCUUAACCAAGGCAACUUCUGCAGCGGGUCUCUGGAGUUUGCCGGAGGAGACGCGGAAUGGGCGCGCGGCCGGGCGGAGAACGGUCCUCCGCGCGGGCUGCGGCGACUCCGCGAGUACCACCGCCUCGGCGGGGUCCUGAAACCCAGUGCCAAGUGUGAGCGUCUCCGAGGGGGUGGCACCGGACAGCCCCGCGCACCGCACGUCUCAGCUGCUUCCCCCCGUGGAAGAGUUUUACCCAGGCCUGCAGCUGCCCGUUUUGUCUCCACAUCACUAUUUCAUGGUGUGUGGAGAUAAACCAGACCAUUGAAGAAGUUUCUAAGGAGAUAUUCAGAGGAUGCUCUAGAGAAGAUCUGAGUACUGAAGAAAGUGAGAAUCAUGGACCAGAACAACAGCCUUCCACCUUACGCUCAGGGCUUGGCCUCCCCACAGGGCGCCAUGACUCCUGGAAUUCCCAUCUUUAGUCCAAUGAUGCCUUACGGCACAGGACUUACUCCACAGCCUAUUCAGAACACCAACAGUCUAUCUAUUUUGGAGGAGCAACAAAGACAGCAGCAGCAGCAACAACAGCAGCAGCAACAACAACAGCAGGCAGCAGCAACAGCAGCAGCCUCAGUACAGCAAUCAACAUCUCAGCAACCCACACAGGGUGCCUCAGGCCAGACCCCACAACUCUUCCAUUCUCAAACGCUGACCACUGCACCAUUGCCAGGCACCACCCCCUUGUACCCUUCACCAAUGACUCCUAUGACCCCUAUCACUCCUGCCACACCAGCCUCUGAGAGCUCUGGGAUUGUACCACAGCUUCAAAAUAUUGUAUCCACCGUGAAUCUUGGCUGUAAACUUGACCUAAAGACCAUUGCACUUCGUGCAAGAAAUGCUGAAUAUAAUCCCAAGCGGUUUGCUGCAGUCAUCAUGAGAAUAAGAGAGCCACGAACAACUGCAUUGAUUUUCAGUUCUGGAAAAAUGGUGUGCACAGGAGCCAAGAGUGAAGAACAAUCCAGACUAGCAGCAAGAAAAUACGCUAGAGUUGUGCAGAAGUUGGGCUUCCCAGCUAAGUUCUUAGACUUCAAGAUCCAGAACAUGGUGGGGACCUUUGCCAAAGCCUUGUCCAAGGUUCCAUAG